UUAGCCCUAACCUAAAGGAGGAGGCUAGACGCCUAAACCCUUAAACCCUGCCACUCACUCCAGCCCAACGCCCACCUUCACCCUCCGCGAUAACCUUCUGCCUCUCCUCCCCUCCGUGAUAACCUUCUCCUUGCUUAAGGAAGCACUAGGCGCCCGUCUCCUCUUGCUGUUCUUUGAGCAGACAAGUUUGGCCCAAAGAUUGUGUUUGCUGCUUCCACCUAAGCUUUAAUGCCUGCGCCAAAGCUCGGAAAUAUGCCCGGGAAAAACCCCACAAAACCUCCUCCUAAUAAAAAGCAGAAGAAAGAACUUUUUGCAGCCAAACCAUCAACAAUAGAGGAUCUUCUUAGUGAUUCCGAUGCAACAGAUGAACAAGUUGAUGAAUAUGAAACUUCUGAUGAUGAUCAACAACAGGACCUUGAUUCUGGUUCUGAUUCUGAAAUGUCUUCUGUUGGGGAUGAUCCUUUUGCUCUUGAUAUUCUGCAAGCUAAUGCAGAAGGAGAAGCAGAGGAGGUUUCAGAUUUAGAUUCUGAUUCAGAUGAAUCUGACAUCGAGAAGAAGUCUAGGGCUAUUGAUGAAGGAAGAGCAAGGGAAGAGGAGGAAGCAGAAGCUGAAUUGCAGCUUAACAUCAAACACCAAUCUGAUGAGUUCAGAUUGCCUUCCAAGGAGGAGCUCGAAGAAGAAGCCAAUAGGCCCCCUGAUCUCUCGAAUCUUCAGAGGAGGAUAAAAGAGAUUGUUCGUGUGCUUUCAAAUUUUGGGGAGCUGAGGCCUAAGGGUGUGACACGAAAAGAAUAUACUCAUCAACUUAAGUUGGAUUUGUGUUCAUAUUACGGAUAUAAUGAAUUUCUGAUCGAAGCCUUGAUGGAGAUUUUUCCUGUUGUUGAACUCAUGGAACUUAUUGAAACUUUUGAAAAGCCUCGGCCAAUAUGUCUUCGUGCAAACACUUUGAAAACACGAAGGAGAGAUUUGGCUGGUGUGCUAUUGAACAGGGGUGUCAACUUAGAUCCUUUGAGCAAAUGGUCAAAAGUUGGCUUGGUUGUAUAUGACUCUCAAGUUCCGAUCGGUGCCACUCCUGAAUACAUGGCUGGUCAUUAUAUGCUACAAGGUGCAAGUUCUUUUUUGCCUGUGAUGGCCCUUGCUCCUCAGGAGAAGGAAAGAGUGGUUGAUAUGGCGGCUGCCCCUGGUGGUAAAACAACAUAUAUUGCUGCGCUAAUGAAAAAUAGUGGAAUAAUUUAUGCAAAUGAGAUGAAGGCAUCAAGGCUCAAAUCACUCAGUGCAAACAUACAUCGUAUGGGAGUGACAAACGCUGUUGUUUGUAACUAUGAUGGGAGGGAGCUGCCCAAGUUUCUGGGUCAAAACACUGUGGAUAGGGUGUUGUUGGAUGCUCCUUGUAGCGGUACUGGGGUAAUAUCUAAAGAUGAGAGCGUCAAAACCUCAAAAACUGCUCUUGAUAUACAGAAUUCUGCCCAUUUACAGAAGCAAUUAAUUCUUGCAGCAAUUGACAUGGUAGAUGCCAACUCAAAAUCAGGAGGAUAUAUUGUUUAUUCAACAUGCUCAAUUAUGGUUGCCGAGAAUGAAGCAGUCAUAGACUAUGCGCUCAAAAAGAGAAGUGUUAAGCUUGUGCCAUGCGGUCUUGACUUUGGCCGUCCAGGGUUUAUUCGUUUUAGAGAACACCGGUUUGACAUCUCACUGGAGAAGACAAGACGCUUCUAUCCCCACGUUCAUAACAUGGAUGGAUUCUUUGUGGCGAAGUUGAAGAAAAUUAGCAAUGCCAUACCAACACCAACAGACAGUGGGCCCAGAAGGGAAGUGGGCCAAGAUACUGAGCAGAUCAAAGGCAGCUGCCAGAAUAAGGUUCCUAAUGUGCUUCGCGAGGAAUUUGGGGCUGCAAAAGAGAAUAGGAGCCGACCGAUUCAUUUUGCUAGAGAUGGAAAAGGAAAGGACCAAUACGCCUCUAAAAAGAGGAAGAAGGGAAGAAGGUAUGUUGGAAAGGAAGGGCACCGCACAAGUAAAUAAAAGGCGGGGCAUAGGCCUCACGGGGAGCUACGGACGUAUAUCUGAGUUAUACAGGUCGGGGCCUAGCAAAAUGUGUACAGCUAUGGAUCAGUAUUUUUGUAUGUUUGGGUUCGGAAUCCCAAAAUGUGCAGCAAAUAUGAGCCUGAAACGAUUUUUUUUUUUUUUUUUUUUGGUUGGGGUUGUUGCAGGCAUACAUUUAGGCAACGUCUCGUCUGUGUCAUUUUUUUUUUAAAUUUUUUGGGCGAAAACCAUCCAUCCAAUUCGACUCAAUUGGUAACCUAACUAUUUGUGCUGAGCUGAGUUUUAGCAGCUUGAAUUUUGGUGAAGCAAAUUCCAAAGUUUUUAUUAUA